AUGGAUUUCAUGAUCAAUCGCAUCUUUCAUCCAGCGGAAACGAAGUGUCUCAUAGCGGAAGCAACUGAGAUUCCGAGAAGAGAUGAAUAUCGCAACAUCCAACCAGGUUGGAUCCAGGACUGCGAAAAAACGGGGCACUUCCCGGCAAGCCCCGCGAAGAAAGUGAAAUCCCUCGGCGACUUGACGCCCGGGAAGAUCGGCGGUAUCGUGAACGGUAGGAUAGAAUCGAAGGGUACGAUCCGAACGUGGAAAAAAGAUAAUGAACAAGGCCAGCUGUUCUCAUUCGUCAUGAGCGAUGGAUCAGCGGAUAUACAAGCUGUCGUGAGCGGGGACAUGUGCACCGAAUACCACGACCGUAUUACUGUUGGACAGUGUUACCAGAUAACGGCGUUCAAAGUGAAAGAGACCAAUCCGGCAUACAAUCCCACGAACCAUCCAUGCGAGUUACACUUGACCAAGAUAAGCAAAAUGGUCCCGAUCCAAGGCUCACACAUCCCAAAGAGUAUCGUAAGUCGCACCACGCUCGCCGAAAUAGCGAAACAGGACGCGAACAAGGUCGUUAACGUGGAAGCCAUCGUGUACGAGGUCGGUAAACCGCAAUCCAUAAGCUGCCGCGACGGAAUCACACGGAUGAAACAGAGUGUUUUGCUCGUUGACGAGACCCUCAAAAUCAUAAGCCUCGGCCUAUGGGCGGAAGCAGUACAAGAACUCGACGGAAUGGAAAGUAACUGCGUGCUUGUCAGGAACCUUCAAGUUAAAGAGUACGCCGGCAAAAAGCAACUGAACAGCAUGAGCGGAACUGUCGUCGAUAAGGAGCCUGCGUCCGAAACAGCAAAGAGCAUGCGGCUCUGGUGGGAGGCAGAAGGUUCCGAAGAGGAAUUCGAAGAAAUAAAGCUAUCCGAAUAA